AUGAGCUCUAUAAGGGAUGCUAUUACCAGGGUAGCACGGUCAGUUCGAAAAAUGGAGCUGUCAAGGGCUGAAAAAGUUGUUGAACCGUUAGUGAGAAGUAACGCUCUUGGUGUACCCAAGAUUAUAGAAAUGGAAGACAGGAGCUUCAGUAAAAAUGAAUUGAAAGAAUUCAGACCAUUGAUCACAGAUUACCAAAGAAAGAGAUAUAAAGAUUUUCUACUGCCUUUAAAAAUGCCAAAUUUGAAAACUUUCAAUCAUUCUACGUCUCAGUUUGACGAACGGUUAGCUAAGUCGAAUUGGGUAAAGAAGAGAAGUAAAGAUCCAUAUAAUGUGCUUGAAGCACUUAGGAUGGAUCGACAGUCCUUCGAGAUAAUGAUCAACUAUCUAGUCGAGAUCACACCUGAACAUUUAAAGCUCAAACUGUCCAAUAAUCAGAACAUUUUGAAUUCAAUAAUGGUGCAACAAGAAGAGCAAGAUCAACAAAAUAAAUUCCCGAUUACAAAGCAUGUGUUUGAUGAAAUUCCUCCAAUGCCACAUCCACUAACAAAGGAGUCGUUCCAAAAAUACAUUUACCGGUUGACUCAUCUGAAGUACUACUAUCGAAAUUCUCUGUCUUUAGAGAAUGGAAUCAUCCCAGAAAUCUUAUUGCAUACCCACAAGUUAUCAAAUGAUGAAUUUAAACCAUACAGAUCAGUCCACACUUACAACUAUUUAAUCAAGUUUUUUGGUUAUGACAAAAACCAGAGUUCUUUCGCCCGAGAAAUGCUAUUAGUCAUGAAUAAGGAUGGACAUAAACCGAAUACUGACACCAUAAACAGUUUAUUAAAAUUGUGUCAGAUCCACUCGCAUAUAAGAAGUACAACGAACACAUAUCAAAUAAUCAUGAAGUACUUGAAAUUGAGCCAGAUCCUUAAUAUUGAAAUCAACCUUACAACUUAUAAUAGAGUUUAUGACUCUAUCAGUAACAUUUUUCUCAAAGAGAUCUUUUUGAACAGAAUUGCAUCGAUACCUUUACCUGUGCUGCGGAACUUGAUACUCCGAAUCAUUGAUGAUUACCUGAAGACCACCACAGAUACGAAACAACUCACUACUUUCAUAGAAGACGAUUUAGGUACAAAUUGGCAAGAAGAUGGCAAAAUCUUCAACAAGUUGGUUUUGCAUAAAGGUAUCAACCUUUCUAGCAACCAACAGAUUACAGAAUUGGUACAAUUUGCGCUUGACAACAAUCCAGAUCAGUAUACCAUCAAAUACCUUAUGGAAGGCGUUGUCAAGAAUAGCCAAUUGAAGGAUAAAAUGAAUGCAUUAAUGAUAAUCUAUGCCAAAACAUCGCGUAUGUUUGCAUUUUCCGAGGUUCCUGUGGUUUACAGAUACUUGAUGUCCGCGAUAAUUAAAUCAGACUACCCAAUUAGUAUUGUUAUUUACUUGAUACGUGGUCUAGUCUACGAUUCAACAACCAAGUUAGGCUUGCCUGUUGAAAUUAUUCGCUACGGCAGCUACCAAACGCAGCCGGAGAAUUACAGGAUCGUCAAAAGGAUCGUAGGUUUUGACUUAUGUAGAAUUGAAGCUCAGAUGCAACCUUCUGAAGAAUCUUCCGGAUGCCGCAGCCGCUCUAGCCGCUCGAGCCGUCAGCCUUGGUCUGCUUCAUCAUCUUCAUCAUCAUUAGAUUUCGUAUUAUGGGCAGCUCCAGAGACUAAACAAUGGACCAAAUUGUUAUCUGAACUUGCUGCAAUAGAUCCUCACCUGUCUAGUCUUGUUGAGGAUAUCCUCAAGUCUCUACAAAUUAAGGGCCCGAACCCGGUUUCGCAGCCAGCUCAGAAACGAUAUCUUCAGCAACAAAAGGCUAAUAUUGCACACGCUAGAGCUAGAGACAGACUUAAUCGCCUCGAAAAGGGAUCCCAGCUCUAUAUCGAGCACCAGCUAUCUAGUAGAAAUCUCGUUGAACCAUCCCGGUAA